AUGGACGCGAUAUCAACCUUCAGCUUCGGAAACCUGGGCUGGCUCGCGACCCAGGCCGUCCCGCUCAUCAUUUGGCCGCGCUUCAUCACCAACCUCCUCCGUCCCGAUGACUACCAGUACGCCGCAGGCUCUCUCGAGGACUACUUUGCCCGCUCUCUAGGCUUCGCCCUCCUAACCCUAGGUCUCCUCGUCGUAACCCUCUCAGGAGCAGUUCCCCUCGCAUCAGAGGACCUAACACCCGCGGGAACAGUCUCCCCCUACGCAAACGCAGCCCUCAUCCUCUCCUCCAUCCACCACGCCUCGGCCGGCUUCUAUUGCUACAGCAGGUGGCUCCGCACCGGCCAGACGGCCUUUGCCCUCGGAUGCCUCGGCAGCGCCAUCUUCGCCGUCUCGGGGCUCUGGUCAAAACAUGGCUACGACAAGGACACGAGCUCGUUUCCCUUUAAGAAUACCGAGUCGUACAGAUCCAAGAAGAAGGGUUUGUAA